UUUAAACAACCUGCCAGAACCAAGCAAACUGAAAGUUUACAAGAACUAACAAGCUUAGCUGUAUUUCUGACUGCUUUAUUUCUGCCAUGUAGGAAUGUAUUUGGGAUUUUCUUUUUCUGUCUUCUGAACAGCAUUUUGCUUCUUUAACCAACACUUUACCAACUAACAGCAAAUGGGCUUGAAUUGCACUCUGUUUUCUGUUUACACAAUCAUCAGGAGGAACCAAUUCAUUAUUUAGAAGACACAGAGAUGGACGAUGACUAAUAACAGCUAGAAUAAGAGAAUGUUUUCAUUAACAACAAGGAAACAAGCACACUGUUCCACUUUCUUUCUGCAAGCACCUGCAUUCCCUCAGUCAACAGAUGAAUACCUCCUUCAAAGCUGCAGCCAUACGUAACAUUUUCACUGACAUAACACAGACUUCCUCCAACAGUUUUCCUGUGAGAGUUCAACCAGUGGCAGAAGAAUGCCCAAAGGAAAGAAGAAAGGUGGCCCAAAAGGGAAAAAAAUCACUCUAAAAAUAGCAAAAAAUUCAAUAAAGGUUACCAUUGAUGGCAAGAGACGUCUUACUCUCAGCAAUAUGGGUAUCACAACAUUCCCAAAGUGCAUUCUGAAGCUAGCAGAUGUGGAAGAACUUGACCUGAGCAGGAAUAUGAUUAAGAAAAUUCCAGAAACCAUUGAAAAAUUCCAGAAUCUCCGCUGGCUAGACAUUCACAGCAACCAACUAGAGAAGCUUCCAGAGACCAUUGGGCAGCUCCAAAAUCUACUGUACCUCAAUCUUUGUAAUAACAAACUUAAUGCAAGUAGCCUACCUAUGGAAAUAGGCCAGCUGAAGAACCUACGCUACCUAAAUUUAGGAAUGAAUAACUUUGAGACUCUUCCAUCAUGCCUAGCAGGUCUGAAGGAACUAAAGGAACUGGGCCUGUUUGAUAACAAGCUUACCAGCCUCCCAGAUAAAAUUGUCAAGCUGCCCAAACUCAACAAAAUGAAUGUAAUGCGCAACCCCUUCCCAAGGCCUGAAGAUGAUGACAAGCUAAUUGAUAAAAUUAAGCGUACGGAAAGUCUUUACUUAGUACACGAGCAGGACCUCUGCAAAUCAUGCUUCAAGAUGUGUCAAGAGGAAAGAGAAAAACUAAACAAAUUAAAGAACACUGCUUCUUCACAGCGUAAAUCCAACUAUGGUAGUCUUGCUACUCCUAAUUCCACAGCAAAAGAAACCCAAGAAGAAUGGAGGUGAAAAGAGAAUGCAGGUGGAUAAUAGUGUUAGUUUGCCAGAGAAAAGACUGAACGUACAUAUGGACUAUGUAUCACUGGGACUCAUUCUGUUUUUUCAGAUUUUUUUUUCCUCAACAUCUAGAAAGUUGUAGGUACAUAUUACAAAACCAUUGUUAUGCAUACUCAAGGUCUAAUAAAAAGAACAAGUAUUAAA